AUGUCAGCGAAUAAGACGCCACUUGGAGGCGAGCUUCGUCGCCCUGCACCCGCAGGAGCCUCCUUAGAGACGCCGCGCAACAGGCGAUGGGCUAGCCGAAAGAAAACUCCAGCGCGAAGGGGAGGAGAGGAAGUGGCUGAUGCCGAUGCAAAUGCAGGUGCUGUGCGGGAGGAGGUGGCAGAUGCGCUUCGGGACCCAGGACACGCUCAGGGCGGACAGGCCGCUCAAGCUGGGCAACAUGGCGCUGCGAAUAUUCUCGGUGGAGAAGGGAGGGAAGGCCUGCCGCCGCCGCCGAACAACCGCGAUCGUCGACAGGACUGUAUCAAUGCGCUCCGGGCGUUGAUGGUCCUGAUCUGGAGGUUGAUCACGUUCGCGAUGAUACAUGUUGCUGCUUGGAUGACCUUGCUGAAGCGACGCCGACCCAAGCUCUUCUGGUCCCUUCUGUUCGCUCUCCUGCUACUACUGCUCGCUGGUUUCAUCUCCAUGCGCAGCGCACCACGUCCUCUGCGCUUGCAUCGCAACAUGGAUCCAGACUACGUGAACUCAGCGUCUAUGUCCCAAGAGCAGGAGGCGGAGCAACUUGUGCAAGUAAAGGAAUGGACGCGAAGGAUGCGCGAGAUGCGUGGAAAGGGGGCCGAUUGGGAAGACGUGGAUUGGGAACACGCAGACAUCACGUGGGGUGAUGAAAUGGAUUAG